AUGAUGCGUGCUGCGAUCUAUCGAUCUUUCGGAGGCCCCAUUCGGAUCGAGACCGUAACUUUGCCAUCGACGCCUCUGGAUGGUUUGAUCGUCCAAGUUAUGGCCACUGGUGUUUGUCGCAGUGAUUGGCAUGGUUAUAAGGGACAUGAUGGUGAUGUUCGUAAUCAUGGAUUGCCCUUUUGCCCUGGCCAUGAACUGAGUGGAAUUGUUUACAAGGUGGGAGAGCAGGUCUGCAACUUUUCCGUGGGCGACCGAAUAGCUGUUCCCUUUAUUUUGAGCUGUGGACAAUGCUCGUACUGUCACGAGGGAAAGCCAACCGUUUGUUCGGACCAACAGCAACCAGGGUUUACUCAAUGGGGAUCCUUUGCGGAAUAUGUGGCAUUGCCACGAGCAGAUCGAAACGUUCGAAAGAUACCUGCGUCUGUUUCCUUUGUGCAAGCAGCGGCAUUGGGAUGUCGAUUUACAACCGCCUACCGAGCCGUUUUGCAGCAGGGACGGCUGGACCAAAAGAGCAGCAACAGCACCGUGGCUGUUUUUGGGUGUGGUGGACUCGGAUUGUCUUGCAUUAUGAUUGCGGCCGCCACUGGCAACGCGGGAAAAAUCAUUGCCAUCGAUGUUUCCCCGUUGGCGUUGCAAAAGGCCAAGGAGCUGGGCGCCACACACACCGUGCAAGCAGCAAGCAAGGAAAAUAGCAACGUAGAUGUACAAGAAAAGGUUUUCGAAAUCACCAAGGGACAUGGCGCGGAUCUAACUUUGGAUGCUGCCGGCUUUGCGUCCACUUGUGAAAAUGCCGUGUAUUGCACCAAACGCGGAGGACGCAUGGUUCAAGUGGGACUUCCCAUUGGUGAAGUCAAGCCAGUCGUACCGAUGGGUCUUGUGGCUGGACGGGAACUGGAGUUGGUAGGGUCUCACGGAUUUGCAGCUGUGGACCUACCAGACCUAUUGGAAAUGGUGGUGAGUGGCAAACUAGAUCCUGGCAAGUUGGUAGAAAAGGAGGUGACGUUAGAAGAGGGAGCCCGUGCCAUUGAAGAUAUGGACAAUGGAAGUCCACUAGGAAUGACAAUUGUCACCAAGUUUCAACGUGGAAGCAGCUUGUAG